GCAUGAACCUGCAACUGGUUUCCCUGCUGUGCUUCGGCGGCGUUAUCGAGUCGCACGCAGACGCUGCAGCCAAUCAGAGUCGGCCUUUCUGGUGGUCUGCGCGCGCAAAUGUCCUGCACUAGGCAACAUGGCUGACAAACGAGUGGAUUCAGCUAGUGAAUCAGACAGCACUGAAGAACCUGUUGUUGGCAAUGUGAACAAGUUUGCAGUGGUUCCACCUGUCUAUGCUGGCAAGCCAAAGAAAGGCCAUCUCAUAUUUGACGCAUGUUUUGAGAGUGGUAACCUUGGCAGGGUGGAUUACAUUACAGAAUAUGAAUAUGACCUCUUUAUUCGACCUGACACCUGCAAUCCACGGUUUCGUGUGUGGUUCAAUUUCACUGUUGAAAAUGUGAAAGCAGAUCAGCGGGUCAUUUUCAACAUUGUAAACUUCAGCAAGACAAAAUCUUUAUACAGAGAUGGCAUGACACCUCUUAUAAAAUCAACCAGUCGACAGAAAUGGGUGCGAAUACCUGCCAAGUACGUAUACUAUUACAGAUGUCCAGAUCAUCGCAAGAAUUAUGUCAUGUCAUUUGCGUUUAACUUUGACAAUGAAGAUGAAGUAUACCAGUUUGCUUACUGCUUUCCAUACUCCUACACAAGACUUCAGAACUACUUGGACAAUCUCGAAAAAAAAAAUUACGACUUUUUCACACGGGAGCUGUUAUGUCUUACUGUGCAACAAAGGAGGCUGGACCUGCUAACCAUCACACAUCCUGAUAACCUCUAUCCACCUGAAGGUGAGAAACAGAAGAUAAUUUACAUAACUGCAAGGGUGCAUCCAGGUGAGACUCCCUCAUCUUUUGUCUGCCAGGGUGUAAUUGACUUUCUAGUCAGCAGUCACCCAAUAGCUAAAGUCUUGCGAGAACACCUUGUCUUCAAAAUUAUUCCGAUGUUGAACCCUGAUGGAGUUUACCUUGGCAACUACAGAUGCUCACUGAUGGGCUUUGACCUCAACCGACAUUGGCAGGAACCAUCACCCUGGGCACACCCUACCUUAUAUUCGACCAAAAACAUGCUUAUGGAGCUGGAUCGUAGUGGGAAGUAUGAGGUGGAUUUCUACAUUGAUCUUCAUGCUCAUUCCACAUUAAUGAACGGCUUCAUGUACGGAAACAUUUACGACGACGCGGAACGCUACGAAAAGCAAUCUGUAUUUCCAAAACUCCUGUGCGCCAACGCUGAAGACUUUUCUCUUUCCAACACCAACUUCAACCGUGAUGCUGUCAAGGCAGGCACGGGCAGACGGACACUUGGUGGCUGCUUAGACGAGUCGCACUGCUACACACUGGAGGUGUCUUUCUACAGCUACCAGACCAGCACACUGGGGCAGGCCACGCCGUACACUGAAGAAGGCUACAUGAAGCUGGGCCGCAACCUGGCGCGCACUUUCUUGGACUACUACAAGUUGACUGGCUUCAUCAGCUCCAAACCCAGCAGCUCCUCGCUGCCCAAGGCUGGCACACUGCGGCCCCGCGACCGUCGGGACCGCGGAGAGCCCUUGAUGACAUCAGUCGAGCGUUCGCCUCCUGAUCCCAUGGGCAGAACUAGCUCCACGUACACAGAGGGCGUCCCAUGCCCCGCUAGGCUCGACAGAGGUAUGGUUCGAGAAGAAAGGCAACAGCGGAAAGCUGAGUUCACGGUAAAUGGAAACGGUUCCUUCCCAGACAGCCAGAGUCAGCGCCUGAAGCGAACUUGAGCUCCCUACAGACAAGACAGCGUUUUUCAGCAGACUGGGAUAACUAUUUUCCUGCAGACAACUCGAGUCUCAAUAAAGCACCAGGGGUAACUGGGAGCAGGGGAAUGAAGUCUAAGAAACUUGAGAGGACUUAUAAAACAACAGGAAGACGGGUAUUACAGAUGUACCACCGCCUUCACAGUGCUGAAAGUGGCAUGGUCUCUCUAAAAUAUCAGGUUAAUGAAGUUGGUUUUUUUUUUAAAUGAAAGUUGAGUUUGAUUUCUUGUAUGACUCGAGUACUAGUAAAACAUUACAAACAGAUAAUGUAAAUGCUUCAUUUUAAUAUACUUUUGUUUACCGUUAAGGAGGAACCUGAGUGGAGUUCACUUUAAGGUUUAUGCUUUUGAUGGUAAAGUGGGAAAAUGAUUGAAUGUGUGUAUGCACGCACAUGAGAGGAGUGGUUGAUGUAGGAACAAAUAGGAAAUGUGUUUUCUUUAAUGUUGGUUAACAUUUUUUUUUGCCACUUUGGUAUUUUCACGUGUUAAAUAAUCACACUAAUUUUAUCAGCAAUAACAGGCUGUCCUUGUGAGGUCAUGUUUUCACAAACAAUUUUAGCCUUUAUGUGGGCUUCACAUAAGUUCCGUCCAGAAAAAUUGUUUUCCUUUAGUAUAAAAGGAUUUUUUUUGUUCUGUGAUACACGUAAUGCUGGCAUACAGUCUUAGGAAGAAAAAUGAGUGAACAAUUAAGUAGGAAAGGAUGGAAGUAUUUUCCUGUGGCAUAGUGAUUUUUCCAGCAGUCCACAGAGAGACAGAACUUGAGCCACUCACAUCUGUCUGCAAAGUCAUUGUUGAAAAUCUUUUUUUCAUGUGUGAUGGUCCCUUUUGACCACUUGUAUAAUUUAGUCAUUAUAACUCUACCACUUGUGGACCAAACAGAGGAAGGCUGAGUUCAAAAGUUUAUUUUUAAAAGAUUGUUUUUUGUGAAUAUAUGACAACUGAUUAUUUGAAAAUAAAUUGGGAAGACCUAA